AUGUAUAAAUGCGUGUUGUUCCGACGACAGCACGACCAGGCAUGGCAACACAUUUUUUGGGGCGGGAGGCUCGUGGCAACCCUGCUGGCCCUGCCCGCGUUCUGCCUCGGGCUCUACGGGGCCGCGGGCUUCUCGGCGCAGCUGCGGCACGGCGGCUGCGCGGGCGCCGCGGAGGCGCUGGCGCUGGCCCUCGUCGUGGCGCUGCUGCUCCUCGGGCUGGCGUGGUGUUGGCUGGUCGAGGACUGUGGCUGCUUCGCCGACCUCGCGGGCUGCCUGGAGUCCGUCGGCUUGGGCUGCCGCUGCCUGGGCCCCGCGCGCGGGGCCAGACUCCUUCUGCCGCUGCCCGGUGGCGCCGAGGGGGCGAGGCAGCGCGCCCCGCAGCCCGAGGUGCUGGGCAGGGCGCGCCUGGUGCGGGGCAGGGCGGCGGCGCGGCCCCGGCCGCGGCACCUGUACGCCCCGAGCCAGAUCCAAGUGCUGCGGGCGGGCCGGGUGGUCUACUGCAGCAACUCGCGCAAGGCUGUGAGGCGCUGGAUCCGUCGCAACCUGAGCGACAGCGUCGGGGGCCCGCGG